AUGCAUACUAUAUUUUCUGAGCAUCCGACGGCUUACAACCGCUACAGCAGCUACAGUAGUUCGGCUUCGGCAGCUAUAACCGCAUCGAAUCCGUACGCAUACGAGCAGUACUCCCGGUACGGGUAUCCUUCGCCAUGGCACCAUCAGCAACACCCCUUAAGCACUGCCAAGGACAUGGUAAAACCUCCUUAUAGCUACAUAGCUCUGAUCGCGAUGGCUAUACAGAACGCACAAGAUAAAAAGAUAACUCUAAACGGCAUCUACCAAUUCAUCAUGGAACGAUUUCCUUACUACAGAGAAAACAAACAGGGCUGGCAAAAUUCCAUUAGGCAUAACUUAAGUCUAAACGAAUGCUUUGUGAAGGUUCCUAGAGACGAUAAAAAACCGGGCAAAGGUAGUUACUGGACCCUAGAUCCCGAUUCCUACAAUAUGUUCGACAACGGUUCGUACCUUAGAAGACGUAGGCGCUUCAAGAAAAAAGACGCUCUUCGAGAAAAAGAAGAACAGCUGAAAAGACAACAAAUCCAGUCCGAUUCUCCUAUAAACAAACGCGAGGAAAAGCCUUUAGAAGAUAUCAAAAGCAAGUUAGAAUGCAAGCCGAAAAGAGAACCCAACACCGAACUGAGCCACUGUAUGAGUGCGAAAUAUGGCGAUCCUAAAUCGGUGAUAGUUCAUCAGGAACAUGUAAUGAGUGAUGUUACGGCAAGUCUGCAGGCUAUGGACAGUGCGGCGGCCUUUAGUGUGGACAGUUUGAUGACCAGUAGAGAACAGGCAAUUAGUUACAGUAAUUCGGCAAGACUGCAUUCUUCAGGAGGAAUGUACUCCUACUGUCCGUCGGCUACUCCACAACACCAGUACAGUAUAGCGGACGAAGCCGCCCCUCGUUACAGCCCUUGGUACAGCCCUGAAACCUCCCCGGAGUCGGCCACCAGCUACCGAGACAUCAUUUUCGACAACAGUGCCGCCCCCUCCUGCCAACUGGCGGGAUUCAGGCAUCCCGGCGUUACUCCUAGCCCGCCAAACUAUCGCACCACUGCCGCAUACUAUCAAUCGGAUUGUGUGGGGCAGAAGUACUGAGGGUAUGGAAUACUAGAUGUAAAUAUGUAAAUAACGAAGACUGAUGAUUAUGGGUGGUUAGCACGAAACGUAUAUAAGGUUUUCGAGAAAUUUGUGUGCAAUUUUUGUUAGGUUUUUUACGGGGGAAAGUAGGGAGACGGAUUUCUUCAAAUAAACUUGAAAAUCUGUGAUUUAAAACAUAAAUCAGUACAGUUGGC